AUGGGCCAAAUGGGUAGCUCGCUAUCACGCUUGGCAGGUCGACAGAAGGCAGGUCGACACAAGGCCAGAUCACCAUCCCUCAUUUUGCAAUACCCGGCCGAUAUUAUCGUCUACCUCUGCCGAGAACACCUACCACCGGAGUCGGCCCUGGCGCUUUCGCUGACAUGCAAGAGCUUAUUCGACCUCCUAUUUUCGAAGGCAAAAAUGCGCCUCAACGACCCGGACCGCGAGGCUUUUCUGCUUCUUCUUGAGAAGGAUGUUGGACACAAUCGAUACUAUUGCCACACCUGCUCUGUUCUGCAUCGGUUCUGGUCCUCAGAGCACACGAUUAACUGCACCUUUUGUGUUAGAGUUUGGGAGAAAAGUUGCCGGCGUGAAUUUGCUUAUCUCUCCGGAACUAGUUUUCGGGUCCGUUAUCGUCAUGUCCGCCUUGUCAUGAAUCGACACUUUCUCGGUCCACCAAACGGCCUGCCACUGGAUAAGUUCGAAGUCAAGAACACUUCCUAUUCCAGCCUCCGCUGGAGAGAAAAGUGGUCGGCCAAGAUACUCAAGGACGAGCUAUUCUUAUCUGGCACGCGGACCCUUAGUUGGCUCCAUGGAACCGAUCAAGCACUACGAGACAACCUUGAUAACUGCCUAUACUCCAUUUGUACCCACGUCGCUACGAACAAGUCUGCAAAGCUUACCGUUAGCGCGCUUCACACCGAUUCUCCUUCUGCCUGCCUCAUCGUACCAUGCCGGGGCGCUAUCGGAUCGUGCAACCAGUGUCUCACGGAUUACGACACGACAGUGGAACGGCGAUCUACCGAGAUCAAGUAUGGGGAGCGAAAGCUGGUAACGGAGUAUUGGUUUAUUACCAUCACUUCGUAUCACCAGCUUGGAAGUGGUCGUUCGCCAUUUGAUCCUAAAUGGCGAGCGUUCGAAGGGCAAGGGUCAUGGGUCUCUUGGAGGCCUUCACGAGACAUGACGCAGUAUCCCCAAGGCGCGGUGAGGGAAGCGUGGAAAGAGAGCGAGAAGGCUUCUCACAAUCCGUCCUGA